UCUCAUUCAGUCAUCGUUCGGCGUCCGUGAUGUUCGCGCAUGGGGCACCCAUGGGGCUAAGCACUUAAUCAGUCGUCGACGUGUCGUGCAACAUGGUGUUGGUGGUGGGGCUUGUGACUCUCCUAGUGCUCACCCCCUGCUUGGGGGGCAACUGCCCGUCCCCCUGCACCUGCAAAUGGAAAGGGGGCAAACAAACAGUGGAGUGCACGGAGCGAGGACUCAUCACGAUCCCCGAGAGCGUCGAUCCGGAGACGCAAGUAUUGGAUUUGUCCGGAAAUAAUUUGCAGAUCUUGCCCAGAGAGACUUUCGUACGGUCGGGGCUACUCAACCUCCAGCGAGUGUUCCUAAGACGUUGUCGGAUCGGCCAAAUCGACAAUCUCGCCUUCAGAGGAUUGACGAAUUUGAUCGAAUUGGACUUGUCGCACAAUCUACUGACGGCGGUACCAUCCGGGACGUUCCGGGACGUACCCUUCCUCCGGGAUUUGGUACUCGCCUACAACCCGAUCCAAAAAAUCGACAGUCAAGCCUUUAAAACAAUCCCGGGAUUGAUCAAACUCGAUCUAUCCAAUUGUGAGAUCCAAGUCAUUGCCUCGAAGGCGUUUGAAGGGAUUGAAAUGUUGGAGUCGCUCAAGUUGAACGGAAACCGGCUCUCGGAGUUACGACUGAGGACAGUGGAGACCCUCAACAGACUCCAUGGGAUUGAAAUGCAUGACAAUCCCUGGCAUUGCGACUGUCGUUUAAGAGCCGUCAAGGAAUGGCUCGUUAAUAACAAUAUUCCUUACCCCAUCUCACCUGUCUGUUCCGGAGGCCCGGAAAGACUCAUCGAUAAGACCUUCACCGAGCUUCACAUCGACGAUUUCGCUUGUAAACCUGAAAUUCUCCCAGUAAAUCGCUACAUUGAAGCGACUUCCGGUUCAAACGCCACGAUUUUAUGCCGCGCCAAUGCCAUCCCAGUCGCUAACAUCAACUGGUAUUGGAACGGCCGCCCCCUUUUGAACAACUCGGCUUUCAGCUCGCAUCAAAGAAUCCACGUUUUCGAGGAGGGCAAGCAAGAGAAACGCAGUGUUUUAGUGUUGACAAACGUCCAAGAGAUCAAUUCGAGUGAAUUUUAUUGUGUGGCGGAGAACAGGGCUGGUAACGCCGAAGCCAAUUUCACUCUUCAUGUCACAAUGCGGGCUGCAGGGAUCACCACUCUUGGUAGCGGCCAAAUCGCUGGUCUCAGUGUCGCUCUCAUCAUCCUCAUAAUUUUUAUCUUGUUGGUCAUUUUCGUGCUACUUGUCCGUCUCCGGCGCAUCCCUUUCUCCGAGAGCAAAACUGAAGUCGUCACUGUGGUCAACGGGACCUCCAAUGGCAAAGUGGAGGAACCCUCAACGGGUCAUACCAAACCCACUGAGUUGAAUUUCUGCAAUCCUGUUCAAAAACCGCCCCGAUUGAGCGACUCGACGAUCCCUGCGUCCUGUUUUGUGUCUCCCUCGUCGGCCUCCGGGAACAACCCUGACCUGAUCAACGACACCAAGCCCUCGGAGGAGUGCGAGGUUGUGGAGAGGCCCGCCAGUGGCGAGUAUAGUCGCAACGCUGAUUCGCUCUAUCCCUCGGGAUUGUGGGAGACGGAGUAUUCGCGUCAGGUGAAUUUCUAUGAUGACAAGACGCCGAUUAUGGACGGGAUGAGUGGCGGAGGGUCAUUGGAGGAGUUGGCGUUUAGGGCGCAAGGGUAUCCGGCUGAUUAUGGGCUUCCCAUCGCUGAUAAACAACAAACUUUGCCCACGAAUGCGAAAACGCUGAGGGUGUGGCAGAAGGGAGGUGUUCCCGUUUUGCCUCCGGUGACGGCACUCAAAAGGGCGCUCACUCAUAGCAGAAAUUCCCCCGAUGAAGGGUACCAAGAAGGCUGCGGGACUGACGUUUAAGUGUGAAUUUACCAAAGACACUGGUUGUGCUGUGAUGACUACACCGGAAAGGGGAUAUUUAGAUAAGUUUGUAUUUCCUUAUGUGAUAAUUGUUUCGUAGCGAAACUUGUAAAUAUUGUGUAUAGACUGUAGAUAAUGUUGUUUAUGGCGUUAUGAAAUUCAUAGACUAAGUAUACAUGCUCAAAAGACUGACCAUUUAUAUUUAAUAACUCGAAAUUCAUUUCCAGAUCCCCCAUUUCAUUUAUUUUUCUAUUUAUUGUAAAUGUUCAUUGUCAGCAACUAUAGCAAAGAUUUUUAUGUAACAUAAUAGUGUAUUGUUGUUUGCAACAGACGUGUAAAUGUUAAUAUAUUACAAUGUUAUACCCUAAAUUAACGGUACCUAAUAUCAAUUAAUAAUAAUAAUUCAGUAUUCUUAAUGUUACCAACAUGUAUAUAAAUGUGAAAACGGUGCGUAACUUUUGGUAAUAAACAAUU